UCUUUUCCAUAAAAGAAACUAACACCCUACCCACCCAGGAACAGCCACUUCUAUUUGGAAGAUCGGGACCCUCCUAUCAAAAAUGGGGCCCCUUUUGGCCCUAUGUAUUCUCCUUUUGAUCCCGAUGGGAUGUUUAUCACAAGCUUGUAGGGCUGAUAACCCAACUCCAGCUAUUAGGGAAGAUGAAAAACCCGGUACAGUGGUGACAAGAUUAAUUAUUGAUUCGGGGCAUACAGUGGAAGUUAACUCAACUAAAUUUGGAAUAGUUAACUCAACAAAUUUGGUUUUAACUGAAGAAGUAGACUAUGAGGUGGAAACACUCAUAAGAGUGACUCUUAUCUGCAAAAAUAAUGGCCAGAUUGUUCCUGGGGGAAUCGUUUAUGUACAAAUUAUUAAUGUCAAUGACAAUGCACCCGUCUUCAAGGAAGCGAGCUAUCAUUUCAGUAUUGCUGAGAAUCUGCCAGUGAACAGCGCCAUUGGUCCUGCAAUGCAAGCUGAAGAUGCCGAUCUGGAUACCCUCUACUAUGAGCUCAUUGGGAAUGAUACGGCUGCUGGUUAUUUUAGAUUGUCUUCUGUAACAAAUCCAUUAAUACUACUGAAUAGAUCUCUGGAUUAUGACCUGCAACCCCACAUACGGCUGAAUCUCACUGCACGGGACACAGAAUUUCCUGACGUUCAUCCCAGUUUCACAGCUACAACAUCUAUAAUUAUUGACAUCAUUGAUGCAGAUGAUAAACCACCUUUCUUCCAGCCCUGCAGGCUGAUAGGCACGAAGAUCUGUAUUAGCAAUGGCUACACAAGUAGCGUUAACCGCGCUGAACAAGCAACUCAGCCGCUACAGCUGAUGCCUGGCCCUCUAUAUGCUGUGGAUGGAGAUUAUGGCAUUAAUGACCCUAUUUCCUACAGUAUUAUCAGUGGCAAUGAGAACAGUAUAUUUUCUAUAAAUACGGGAAACGGAAACAUAACAAUGGACAAGUCAGUAGACACCUUAAGGACAUUCCUGCUGCAAGUUAUGGCUUAUCAGUCCAAUGAUAUACAGAAAUAUGCCACCACCACAGUCCAGAUUGAAGUAAAGGAAAAAAAUAAUUUUCCUCCAAUAUUUCAAAUGUCCAAUUACUAUGGAACUAUAGCUACAAAUACAGAUAUUGGAAGUUUUGUUCGGAAUUCUAGUGACCAGAGUAAAUCACUCCAAGUGUUUGCCUCUGAUAGAGAUUUUCCAGAUGGUUUUAAUCUAGCUGUCAUAUAUAAGGUAGAGAACAGCACGGAUUUUACCGUUCUUCGCGAUGGAUACAUAUUGACUAGUUCUGUUUUCAACUCUCCUGGCACCACUGCGUUACUGGUGAGUGCAACUGACGGUGCAACAUCUGAGAGGACCACAACUCUGGUUACAAUAGAAAUCACCCAAACACUCACCACUACCCCAAGUACAACAACAAGUACCACUAAAGCCACAACUCACUCUACUCCAACAACAAUCAGUACCACUUCUGGAACAGGUACCACUACAACUACUACUCCUUCUACUCAGACAACGACCAGCAUGACUGCUGGAACAGGUACCACUACAACUACUACUCCUUCUACAAGGACAACAACCAUCACGACUGCUGGAACAGGUACCACUACAACUACUACUCCCUCUACUCAGACAACGACCAGCACGACUGCUGGAACAGGUACCACUACAACUACUACUCCUUCUACAAGGACAACAACCAGCACGACUGCUGGAACAGGUACCACUACAACUACAAUUCCCUCUACUCAGACAACAACAAGCACCACUACUGGGACAGGUACCACUACAACUACGACUCCUUCUACUCAGACAACAACAAGCACCACCACUGGAACAGGUACCACUACAACUACUACUCCUUCUACUCGGACAACAACAAGCACCACCACUGGAACAGGUACCACUACAACUACUACUCCUUCUACUCAGACAACAACAAGCACCACUACUGGGACAGGUACCACUACAACUACUACUCCUUCUACUCAGACAACAACAAGCACCACCACUGGAACAGGUACCACUACAACUACUACUCCUUCUACUCGGACAACAACAAGCACCACUACUGUACCAGGUACCACUACAACUACAACUCCAUCUAGCCAGACAACAACAAGCACCACCACUGGAACAGGUACCACUCCAACUCCAACUACUUGGACAACAACAAGUACCACUACUGGGACAGGUACCACUAGAACUACAACUCCAUCUACUCGGAUAACAACAAGCGGCAUUAGUUCGACAGGUAUCACUACAACUCCCUCUACUCAGACAACAAAAAGUACCAUUGCUGAAACUGGAACUGUUACAACUUCUCCUGCCACAGAAACAGGCACUAUUACAGGGAGUACUACCACUGGGACAGUUAGUACUGCUAAAAAUCCAGAGCCAGCAGGUACUGAAGGAGUAUUGCAGAAUGCUAAAUAUUUUACCUCCACUGACAUGGCAAUACUUGGCGCUACCCUGGGAGCUGUUCUUGCUCUGAGUUUGGUUGGACUGGCUUUCCUCAUUUACAAGCAAUAUGGAAACACAAUACGGAGUAGACUGAUGAAAGGCUCAGGAAAUAAUUCUGGAGGAUCUGGAGAUAGACAACUCAUAAAUGAGGAAGAUAAUUUGAGUGUAACACUGCCUUCAAAUCUGGACUUUGGCAUUGAUGGUGACAUUGUCGAAGUGUCCUCUGAAAAUAACCUACUUUCAGCUGCAGCAGUAACCUCAGUACUUUUAACAAAUGCCCCAGCAGGGAGUCAGUCAUUGGAGGAAGAAGAUGGGGGGUCUGAUUCAGAGGACAAGAAGGUAAAAUCCAUCUUAACUAAAGACUUGAAGGAAGAUGGAGGUUACAAGUCAGUGUGGUUUAGGGAGGAUGCACCUCCAGAAGUAAUGGUGAUUGAGGGAGCUGAAAGUGGGGAAGCAAAUGAUGAUGAUACAGAAGAAGAAUUCAGUAAUCAACAUGGAGAAGAUGAUGAUGAGGAGGAGGAGGAUGAAGAUGAACUUAAUCCAACAUUCAGCACUUCAAAUAACAAUGCAAUUAAUUCAAAUAAUAUAACCAUAUUCUAAGAGUCUUUUCAACCAUUGUACUUUAAGAUGCAAAUAUUAUAUUGUUGUACAAUUGCAUGUUGUGUAUUGCAAAGAUUGACAAUUCUGAACAUUAUUAGUGAAAAUCAGCUUUUCUUUGGAGUAUUCAUACUUUACUUUUGUAUGUUUACCAGCAAAGUAUAAGAUCACUAGGGUACAAUCUUCUAUUGUAUUGUUAGAGGUGAUAAAAUAGAAUCAAAAUACAUUAAGGGGAACCUGUCAGCUCAUGAUUUCAGUGGUCUGUCACUUAUCUGCUAAUGUUAAAGCAUACCUCAGUUUUCAACUAAGUUUGCAUAAUGGCUGUGCUUCAUUGUAGAAUCAUAACUGUGAAGGGACAGGUGUUUUUUGGGCUUCCAUAAAGUCUUCCUCGGCCAUAUUAUUCCCUGUUUCAGCUGCACAGCUUGAUGCAUUACACUCAGAAGCAGUGGGGUAUCCCCUCUGUGAAGUAUGCCAGCAAUGUACUGCUGUGAAGUACUUUCGUUUACUUCCCACUAUAUUUGUUUUCAGCUCCAGAGCUAGCUCACAGAACAAAUAUGGAGGAGGAAUCACAGACUCACAGGAAGCUCCUAUAAUCUUCAAAAGCUGUGUAGGAUCUCAGGAUCUCAGCUAGUUCUGAUAUGCCCCCAUUUCCCAUGACCCAUCUUCAGAUUCUGUUACUAGGGAUGGAUCUGGACUGCAAAUUAAGUGCAAGUGAUACCCCUAGUGGA